CAACGUAUGUAGGCAAAGGGCCUCUCUCUCUCUCUCUUUCUCAAAAAAAAGGGUCUCUCUCUCUCUCUCUAAAACUUGGUCUGAAAUUUCCUUCGAAGCAGAGUAUCAGCUUUGAUUUCAAUCCAAGCAGCGCGUUUUCAAGUUUCGAUCAAAAGCUUUGGAAGAAUGGACUUCCAAACUCGGAUGAAUGUGCAUCAUAUCUGAGGGAUCCAGAUUGAGUUUCGGAAGCAAUGAUACGACACCCUUUUCUUCGUUGUGUUAUCGUGUGCAAGGUUUUACCGAGUAUUGAAUCUAACCCUUCGUGAAUCCAAUCGUUUCAUGAACUUAAGGUGGCUCUUUAUGUGAAAGUUGUUUAAUCUGUGAUAGUCUUUUACUUAAUUUUGGUGCUAAGUUAUCAUUGGAGAUUCUUGGAAAGCUUGUUGAUUAUGUACUUGCUUGUUAUAUGCAGGCUACGGAUAUGCUGCGAAAAAUAGUGAUUACCAAACAUGUGUUGAUUUCUGUUAAAAACAUGGGCGAAAACAAAGAGGUCCUAACAAGCUAUAUAACUGAACGCCUUCUAAAGCAGUUAUCCUUCACAAAGGCCUGUGAAUAUGGUUACUUUCUUGCAGUGACCAAAUUGAUCAGUAUAGGGCACGGUAAUACCGAGUUCAGUUCAGAACACAUUCUUUUUCCGGUGGACAUUUGCUGCCGAACCUUCACACCUGUGGUUGGGGAGGUCUUCACCGGGAUAGUGCAUAAAGUAUUCGAACGUGGUGUCAUUCUCAAAUCUGGACCGAUGAACAUGGUUUAUCUGUCGGCCCGGAAGAUGCCAGAUUACUUUUAUGUUCUGGGGGAAAGUCCAACCUUUGUUCGGGACGAUGGAUCCAAGAUUGAGAUUGGCGUGGUGGUCCGUUACUCGAUCUUUGCUGUUAGAUGGAUUGAGGAUAAACGGAGGGAAUUUAGGGUUCUUGCAACUAUUGACUCCGAUGGCCUCGGGCCAGUUGCUUUGAACGGAUUAGACGGCGUAGAUAUCUGAAAAUGCAAGAGAUACUGUAAAGGGGAGAAAGGGGAGUGUGUAUAUGCUUACAAGUUCUCUGUGAACCAUUUGUGGGUGCUGAUGAUAUUGCUUUGAUUCAUCCUUCGACUAUGUGGAAAAUCGACUGCUACGGCAAGUGGCCGCGGCCGCGGCUGCGACUGGAAGAUUGGAAUGGGAAUGUGGGAGAGAAAAAUAUGAAGCUUUACUUAGAGAUGAGGUUAUCUUGUCAUUGAAGAAGAAACACAGAAAGUGAAGAAGCUCUUCAGAGAAACUGCAAAGAUUAAUUAGGAAGUAUCUUAUAUUUUUAAUUAUCUUGUCAUUUGAGAUGGUUUUCUUAUAUUUUUAAUUAGGAAUUAUGAUGAAAAUCUACAAGACUACAAGUAUCUAUAUUUGUGCAUAUGUAUUAUUUUCUCUUUAAAUUAGGAACAAAGCUCCCUUUUAUGACAA